UGUGUGUGUGUGUGUGUGUGUGUGUGUGUGUGUGUGUGUGUGUGUGUGUGUGUGCUUGUGUGCCAUUUCCCCCAUACGCUCUCGCCAUGCCACGACGUGUCCGACCACAACCCGUGUAAACACCCCGCAUUCAGAGUUGAAAGUCUCCAGGGAAAAGACAUCGGGCUCGGUCGGAUAGGGACCGGUGAUUUUAAGAGCACGAAGACUCGCGCGGAAAAUCCAAUGACCCGAGGCCAAAGAUUUCGUCUCCUAAGUAGCGCUGAACAGAAUUCUUCUCUCACUCAACUCAGCCAUCGUCGGCUGGAAUAAGCAGACAUCUCCCGUCUCAUAUCUGAAAACGUAUCCAAAAGAUCCAUCCAUCCCGGAAGCUUCCAAACCCCAUUUCUCACGCAAAGACUCAGAUGCCGGUAUCUGAGUAUGACACAGAAAAACCUUACCUUUCUGAGGAUGGCUCAUGGCGGGGUGGUCCUGGACAAAGACCAGUUCGACUGUGCGGUGUGUCUGGAUGUCCUGAAGGAGCCAGUGACCAUUCCAUGCGGCCACAGUUACUGCUUGGACUGCAUCAGCAGCUGCUGGGACAAUGAUAGCAACGUGAACUGCCCUCAAUGUCGGCAGACUUUCAACCCGCGGCCGGUGCUUGGCCGAAACAUCUUACUGGACGACAUGGUGGGAAGAUUUAAGCAGGCCGUGGCGGGUCGAACUCUGGCGGAGGAGGACGACGUGGAGUGCGACCUUUGCCCGGAGAGGAAGUACAAGGCAGACAAGUCGUGCGUGGAGUGUUUGGCCUCGUUUUGCGACCUGCAUAUUCAACCACACUGCCAAUCAAACGAGUUUAAGACACACACGCUAAUUACGGCCUCCAAGAGGGUCCAGGAGUGCGUGUGUGGUCAACACAACAGGCUGCUGGAGAUCUACUGCCGCACGGACAAGCAGUGCAUCUGCCCGCUGUGUGUCAUCGACCAACACAAAGGCCAUGACGUCGUGAUGGCGGAGGUGGAAAGACAAGAGCAACAGAAUCAGCUUGGUAAGAUGAAGCACGACUGUCAGGAGAACAUCCAGCAGGCACAGAAGAUGGUUGAGAAGUUCAAAGCAAAACUCUCCUCUGUCAAAGACUGUGCCUGGCAGCUGACGAAGAUGAAUGAGGAACUCAAAAAGAUAAUGACCAGCUCAUUGGAGUUGAUUGAGAGGAUCCACAACAUUGAGAAGCUGGUGGUCAGUCGGGUCGAGCAGUCGCUGGAGAAGACAGACAUUGUGAUCAAGGAGCAGCAGAGGAUGUGUGUCCAGUUUGACAAGUUGGCAGAAACUGUGAACCACGUACACUUUCUCCAGAAACUUCCGUCCCUGAAAGCCUCGUCUACGUCCUCACCUCUGCCAGACUUCAACUGGAUCCUUUUCAAAGAUAUGUACUUCCACCAGGAGUGGAUGUUGAAAUACUACAAGGAAGGAUUCAAUGACAUUUUUGAAGAAGUACAAGACAUCGUCUCACGUCUUACCCCCGCCCCGUCGGCCCAGGCAGAAGCAGCGCCCCCGGCCCGUGUCACACCUCCCGUUCAAAGGGAAGCCGCAGGAGAGGACUUGCUGCCGGAGCCGGAGGUGACACAGGGUACUCCUCCAGAGUCCAGUUAGUGUUGAGUACAAGGAAGCACCUUCUUCCGAUGGAUGGAAAACAAAGAGUCAUCAAAACAAAGACUUCCAGUCGGCUCAUGGACCCACCACCUAGGCCUCCCUCCGCCCUCCCGUGACG